AUGGUCAAACAUUUCCAUUUCACACAUCAAGGUGACCUUAAAGCCUUUGGUCUAGAAACGAGUCACCCUGGCAUUCGCGGUGGAGAUCUCGCACAUGAACUUCUGACGAGUGAAAGUUUUGGGAUUUUCAAAUUGGAUACAUUCGCUCCAACAGGUAGGAAUGAGAACAUUGACUGUUCUCCUUAUCUAACACAUUCAGGUUAUGUGACUAAAGAUGCUAAGAGUCACUCAGAUCAGCUCUGGAAGUUCGAUCGUUUUGGUUACAUAAAAGAAUACAAUGAUCGUCCCGCUUUACCGCCACCAUUCAUCGUGUUUUCCCAUCUGUACAUUAUCCUGAAAUGCGCCAUCUGUAGACGACCGCAAUGGGGCUACACAGCACUGAGACGCGUGCUAGAUCAAGGCCAGGAGUCAUCGCUGCUGUCCUGGGAAUCCUACAUGAAAGACCACUACCAGCACAAACAGCAACAGCGGAAACAGGAAAGCCAGGAAAAUCUGAUGAAGGGAACAGCUGAGAGUGCGUCGGUAGUGCUGCGUCUGUUACAGAUGGAGAAAGGGGGUGAGGGCCACCAGCUGGCGGGGCGUCUGGCAGUCCUGGAGGCACAGAUGGAUUAUCUCACAGGGAUCAUUUCUACACUCACAGAGAAUGGUUCUACCAGCAAAGAUCAGAUACUAGAACCUGAAGGUUUCUAUGUACAGGGCCGUCCUCAGGGGGGGACUGCCAGGACUGCAGUACUGGACCCGGACAGAGAGGGGACUUGCUGCUGCAGCUGCCACCGCCAUGGAAGAGACAUAAAGAAAUGACAAUAUGGACAAAUACAUACUGUAGAAACACAAGAAAGCAUCAUGUUUAAAACAAGUCAAAGGAAGGAAACAUUAUGUCUGCAGGAUCAUGGCAGACCAAGUAGCACACGGGGAAACUCUGGCUGACAGCAGUGAGGACAGGACUACUGUGUAUAUACAGUAUAUAUAUCUAUCUGUGAGAGGUAGCUGGCUGGGGUAAAUGUGUGUGAGGUGACUGGGACAGGAGUAUAUAUGUGUGAGAGGUAAAUGUCAGGGGUAUUUGUGUGUGAGAGGUAGGUGGUUGGAGUAUAUGUGUGUGAGAGGUAGGUGGCUGGGACAGGAGUAUAUAUGUGUGAGAGGUAAAUGUCAGGGGUAUUUGUGUGUGAGAGGUAGGUGGUUGGAGUAUAUGUGUGUGAGAGGUAGGUGGUUGGGACAGGAGUAUAUAUGUGUGAGAGGUAAAUGUCAGGGGUAUUUGUGUGUGAGAGGUAGGUGGUUAGAGUAUAUGUGUGUGAGAGGUAGGUGGCUGGGACAGGAGUAUAUAUGUGUGAGAGGUAAAUGUCAGGGGUAUUUGUGUGUGAGAGGUAGGUGGUUAGAGUAUAUGUGUGUGAGAGGUAGGUGGCUGGGACAGGAGUAUAUAUGUGUGAGAGGUAAAUGUCAGGGGUAUUUGUGUGUGAGAGGUAGGUGGUUAGAGUAUAUGUGUGUGAGAGGUAGGUGGCUGGGACAGAAGUAUAUAUGUGUGAGAGGUAAAUGUCAGGGGUAUUUGUGUGUGAGAGGUAGGUGGUUAGAGUAUAUGUGUGUGAGAGGUAGGUGGCUGGGACAGGUGUAUAUAUGUGUGAGAGGUAAAUGUCAGGGGUAUUUGUCUGUGAGAGGUAGCUGGCUGGGGUAAAUGUGUGUGAGGUGACUGGGACAGGAGUAUAUAUGUGUGAGAGGUAAAUGUCAGGGGUAUUUGUGUGUGAGAGGUAGGUGGUUGGAGUAUAUGUGUGUGAGAGGUAGGUGGCUGGGACAGGAGUAUAUAUGUGUGAGAGGUAAAUGUCAGGGGUAUUUGUGUGUGAGAGGUAGGUGGUUGGAGUAUAUGUGUGUGAGAGGUAGGUGGUUGGGACAGGAGUAUAUAUGUGUGAGAGGUAAAUGUCAGGGGUAUUUGUGUGUGAGAGGUAGGUGGUUAGAGUAUAUGUGUGUGAGAGGUAGGUGGCUGGGAUAGGAGUAUAUAUGUGUGAGAGGUAAAUGUCAGGGGUAUUUGUGUGUGAGAGGUAGGUGGUUAGAGUAUAUGUGUGUGAGAGGUAGGUGGCUGGGACAGAAGUAUAUAUGUGUGAGAGGUAAAUGUCAGGGGUAUUUGUGUGUGAGAGGUAGGUGGUUAGAGUAUAUGUGUGUGAGAGGUAGGUGGCUGGGACAGGUGUAUAUAUGUGUGAGAGGUAAAUGUCAGGGGUAUUUGUGUGUGAGAGGUAGGUGGUUGGAGUAUAUGUGUGUGAGAGUUAGGUGGCUGGGGUAGGGCUGGGUUUAUGUGUGUGAGAGAUAGGUGGUUGGAGUAUAUGUGUGUGAGAGGAAGGUGACUGGGACAGGAGUAUAUAUGUGUGAGAGGUAAAUGUCAGGGGUAUUUGUGUGUGAGAGGUAGGUGGUUGGAGUAUAUGCAUGUGAGAGUUAGGUGGCUGGAGUAUAUGUGUGUGAGAGGUAGGUGGCUGGGGUAGGGCUGGGUUUAUGUGUGUGAGAGGGAGGUGGUUGGCGUAUAUAUGUGUAUGUGAGAGGUGGAGCUGCCAUGAGGGUAUUUACAUAUCAUACUGAAGUGGGAGAGGCAAGACUAAGGUAUAAUAUAAUCAGUAUGAUAGACUGACAUGUUAUAAUAACACUGAACCCCACAGCCCAAACUUUGACAUUCUUUUCUUUUUAAAAACUGGUUUACGCACUAAUUGAUGCUCAGUCCUGAGCCCCACAAUUUUUGAUGGAAGCACUGUCCAUGACCCAACAGCUGAGGAACAUGGGACCAUUACUAACAUAGGUACAUAGAAUGUGAUGGCAGAUAAGAACCACAUGGCCCGUCUAGUCUGCACCUUUUUAACCUUUUGAUAACCUCAACCCUAUGUGAAUCUUAAUUCUUUGUAAGGAUAUUCAUAUGUCUAACCCAAGCAUGUUACAAUUGCUCUACUAUAUUAGUCUCUACCACCUCUGAUGGGACAGAGCCUCCCGUGACUCAUUCCCAUGUGUACCUCCCCAGCCAUUCACCUCACCGCACAUCACUGAUUCCACUUAUUCACUACCCUUUCUGUGACUUAAUGUUUCCUCUGAUAUCCCCUGAUCCUCCCUCCCUCCACAUGUCCUCAUGAAAAAUGUCUCCUUCCUGCAAGCUAAAAACACUUGACAUAUUUGGAAGUUUCUAUAAUUAAUUCCCUUUCCUUUUCUGCUCCGAACUAUACAUAUUAAGAUCUUUUAGUCUUCUGGGUAAGUUUUGUGAUGUACAGAUACAGUACACUCACCCUUGGGACUACUACUGACCUAGAUGGUCAUCAACAUGGGACCGCUACUGACCUAACAGCUGAGGAACAUUGGACCACUACUGACCUAAAGGGUCAUCAACAUGGGACUACUACUGACCUAGAUGGUCAUCAACAUGGGACCGCUACUGACCUAACAGCUGAGGAACAUUGGACCACUACUGACCUAAAGGUUCAUCAACAUGGGACAACUACUGACCUAGAUGGUCAUCAACAUGGGACCGCUACUGACCUAACAGCUGAGGAACAUUGGACCACUACUGACCUAAAGGGUCAUCAACAUGGGACAACUACUGACUUAGAUGGUCAUCAACAUGGGACUGCUACUGACCUAACAGCUGAGGAACAUUGGACCACUACUAACCUAAAGGUUCAUCAACAUGGGACAACUACUGACCUAGAUGGUCAUCAACACGGGACCGCUUCUAACCUAACAGCCAAGGAACAUGGGACUACCACUUACCUAACAGCUUGGCAACUUUGGACCAUUACAGACCUAAUAGUUGAGCAACAUGGCACCACUACUGACCUGAGUAAUGAAGAACCACUACUAGCCUAUCAGCUCAGCAACAUGGGGCGACUGGUGACUGAACAGCCGAGAGACAUGGGACCACUACUGAUCUAGCAGCUGAGGAACAUGGGACAAAUACUGAUCCAACAGCUGAGGAACAUGGGUCUACUACUGAAACAUUAGGACAGAUUCCUGUACAUAAACAAUGACUAAUUCUAAAGUCAGAGCCCCACUCCAUGGGGUAAAUUGACUAAGAUGGGAGUUCUAUUCAAGAUGGAAUAUUUCACUCCCCCCGUCAACCACCCUUCC